AUGAAGAUCCAUGCACAUAGUGCUUAUAGCUUCUUUGGGUUCCGAAAUUUUAGUGUAGAUGAAAUCCAGCACCCAAUAGGCGAAGCAAACAAGAAUGGUGCAUCGAAGGAAAAAAGCAUCUGGGGGACUUAUGCCAGAGGAGCGCUCUAUGCGUUACAGAUCAGCAAAAAGAAUCUCAAACAGGGCAUCGUUGGUUGCAUCAGUGGCUCGGAUGGAUUAGAUAGCUCCGGCCUUAGCUCAUCAGCUGCUGUUGGUGUGGCAUACCUGCUAGCUUUGGAGAAUGCAAACGAAUUGACUGUAUCCCCAACAGAAAAUAUUGAAUAUGACAGACUUAUUGAGAAUGGAUAUCUGGGUCUGAGGAAUGGAAUUUUGGAUCAAUCAGCUAUUUUGCUUUCAAGUUAUGGGUGUCUAACAUACAUGGACUGCAAGGGGCAGUUUAAGUUCACAUGGGAUGCCUGA